CAGCUCUACCAUGAAGCAGUGUGUUCCAGGUGAUAAACUGUGCAGUGGGAAUGACUGUACUCCCGGAACAGGGGUGUAUCUCCGAGAGGGAUACAUUUACGCCUCACGUACCGGUUACGUGCACCGGAAGGAGGAGGAAGGAGUGUUUCCAGUGAUCUCGGUGGUGAAUCCUGUAGACGCGAGGGUCCUCCCACACGUCGGAGCAACUGUCAUCUGUAAGGUGACCAGUCUCAACGCCAGGUUUGCCAAGGUUCACAUCUUAUAUUUGGGCUCCACGAUGUUGACGCACUGCUUCCGAGGAAUCAUCCGAAAGGAAGACGUGCGAGCAACAGAGAAAGACAAGGUUGUCAUGUACAAAAGUUUUAGAGGCGGCGAUCUUGUCCUCGCAAAAGUGAUAUCUCUGGGUGAUGUACAGUCUAACUACCUUUUGACCACGGCGGAGAACAACCUGGGAGUACUGCUGGCUUAUAGUGAAGCAGGAGCCCAGAUGGUUCCCAUCAGCUGGACCGAGAUGCAGUGUCCACUAACACGCGCCAAAGAGUUCCGCAAAGUAGCUAGAGCGCAGCUGUGAUUAUUCAGGGGAUAUGAGGUGAAAGUGGAGCGUCUUCAUCACGUCAGACUGUCAACACGCUGCCAAUGCCCUGCUGACUCACUACAGACUCAUGGCUGACACACUGUUUAUAUGCCGUUGACGUCUGUCUUACACACUGGCUACACCUGACCUACCCAUUGUCUGCCAAUAUCCGAGUGGUACACCAUCGACACUUGACCUGCUGACAUCUGAUCUCUGUACUGCAGACCCAUGGGUGACGCCAUCAAAACUUGACCAACAUACCGUUGACACUUGACUGACGCAUGGUGGACACCAGUAAACACACUGCCGAUGCACUGCAAAUGGAUGACAGACACACUGGUGAUGCCCUACCAACACACUGCAGAGACAUGACCGACAUCCUACCCACACUUUGCAGACACACUGCUGGUGUAUAGCCAUACCAAUGCACUGCAUACACAUGGGUGACUGUUGUACUACCAAUGCCCUACAGACAUACUGCAGACACUGAUGAUGCCCAGCUGAUAUACUGCAGACACUGUGACAAUGCCUGACCAACAUGCACCCAGCCGAUGCACUGCAGACGCAUGGGUGACAACCACUAUUGACACACUGUAGUAGAUGCCCUAUGGAUAUCCUGCAGACAGAGCUAAUGCCCUACCUAUGUACUUCAGACACAUGGGUGACAGACGUGCUGUUGACACACUGUACAUGGCAUACCACAGUGGAUGCCCUACUGAACUCCUGUAGACACACUGCGAAUGCCCUACGUGCUAUAGAGACAUGGCUGACACACACUAUAAACACAUGUCCUAUUUGCUGUCUGCGCAUGCCUUAUCAGCGCACAGCAAACACAUGUUGCCCUAUCAAGGGCACUGCAGAUGCGUGACUAAUAAACUGUCAACACGCCACUGAUGCAUAGUCUACACAUGGCCAAGAUU